AUGGGUGAACGGGUGGUCAAUGGCGUCCCUUUCAACUACAACAAGCACGCGCGCAAUCUACCCAUGUUUCAAACUUCCAAUCCCGUACAACAGGUACGGUCAAUCGCUGCAGCGCUUUUACUGUUCAGGUUUGACAUUGUGGUGCUGAAGCUCGUGUGUAGAUUGCUGUUCUCUCGUUUACAAGAUCUAAUGGAGGCGUCGCGUGUAUUCAUUCCCAAGUUGUCCACAACAACACUUCUUUACACUGCCUCUUUUGGAUCGACUUGUUGGAUGAUGGUACCUGUGGACAGUAACAAGAUAUUGAUCUCAAAGCAAGAACGCUGUACGUUGGUUCAAUGCAGCAGCAGCACAUACUGGAUCGGAUGGAUACAAGGUUAUUUGCAAGCAACGAUGGAAUGGUAUUGGGAACACCUCAAGGUCACCGUUAAAUCCGGUGUUUUGGCAUCAUGCUUCCUUCGGGAAGGGGCUAGUAGGCAGUACAGGUACCUUGGCAUUCUUUGCAUUGUGGCUUUAUUUAUUGCAAUUAUUGCUGGAGGCAAAAUUCAUUGCAGCGGCAUGAUAUGGAUGGCAUGGAGAUAUGGUUGGCAUGGAGAUACGGCUCUUAUUUGGAGGAAGAAUGCUAUUGAGAAGCAUCACAAGGAUCAAGAAGGCUUUUGCUCUGCUAGAUCACGUGGGCACGUCAAGGAUGCUAUUGUACUGCGUGCUGUCUUGGGGAGACCAUGUUGCCCUUACCACCUCUUGUGGAAACAUGUGCUCAUGGUGCUAUGGCAAGACCAAUUUAAAUACGCAUCCUCUGUUCGCAGUUGCAACAUGCGGAUCCACGGCUCAGGUGGUGUCAAAGUCGGCUGGUGA